AUGCGGCGUUGCUUUGCGGGGCCGUCUUGCAGGUUUGCUCUGAGCGUUGGGAUGCGGCGAUGCUCCACUGCAUCAAGUGGCAAGGACAGUCUGCAGUCCCCGCGGAGGAGUCCGAAAAAAAAAGCGGAGUCUUUUGGUGUUGACCAGAUCAAGUUAGAUCUUGCCCUUAACCUUCAUGAGAUGGACUUUGACGCGAUGGUGAAGGCCACACGAGCGGCCUUGGCGAAGGAGCGCAUGCGAAAAGAGACGUUAGUGGGAGACGCACUGCAUACGAGUGAAGUGAUUUCUAGCUGGGAGAAGGACGUUUCUUCCAGCGCCGCAUCAUCGUCUCCGGCGCCAAGCGAUGCGGCUAUCAACCCCUCUGCUGCAGCGACUGCCGAUUUUGGUGGUGUUGGAUCUUCGAAACCGAUGGACAGUCAGAUGGUUUGUGGAAUCGUGAAUGCCAGGGGGGCUCACACUACAAACUCAUUCGCCGUGCUGCGGGAACAACGCAAGGCUGAAGGGGCUCGUUACGGACUCAUGGAUGCCUUGCGUGACUGUCUAUUAUCCGGAAACUGGGUAAAAGCUGUCCACAUGUUUGAAACAGCUGUAGAGACAAGCUGUAAAGCGGUACAAACCUCCGUGCCUGUUGCUGCAGGUGCUACAAGUGGAGCGAGGGAUAUCUUCGAGGCGCUGCGGCGCAUUAACGCCACGACACCCCCAGGCUUUCCUGCUAACAGCUCCUCCAGGUACCCCGGGGUACUGCGGUGGAAUGGGGGUCAUUUCUAUCUGCUACUGAAGUUGUUGCUUAGUAAACAUCGUGUAACAGAGGCUGAGCGAGUGUGGGAUGUGAUGAAGCGUAUUGGGUUUGUUGAGUUUCACAUGAACGCUCAUACGUUAAAUCAAUGCAUGACACUUGUUAGAAAGACGACCUUACCAGACAUUGUUUCUCCUCUUAAGGAGGACCAUGCAAAUACGGAGGAACGACUAAAAGCCUUUCGCACAACAUUUUUACUUGAAUUUGAAGAAUGGGCGAAAAGGAAGGGAUUUUCCUUGGAUGGACGCAAUAAACAGCUUACCCGUGUGGCACAUCUCGCCGAAUUUGUUAAACAUGGCAAGAAAGGGGGCGAGGAUAAGGGCGAGGUGGAUUUGUUAAAUGGUGAGGGACUUAAAGUGGGGGACUUUAGUGGUUUGUUGCGGCGAUGCCAUUCGGAGGAAUCGACAGAGCGAGUAUUACAGAUGAUGGAUAAAUUACAGGUACCACGUGAUGGACAAGUUUUUGCAGCACUUAUUGCCGCUCUACGGCAAUCACAUUAUCGCUUGACGGCUCAAGACGAGACGGAUGCCGUCAGUACCACAAAGGAAGAGUACGAUGCCCACCGAAGGCAACGGUUUGUACGGGCCUUUCAAUGGUUUGAGGCAUGUCCUGAGAACGAACGUACAGCCGAUGUUUACAAUGAAAUGCUUCAACUUGCUCGUGGAGAUGAAGCAGCCGAUAAAAAGUUUCAGGAGUUGCUUCUUGAAUUUCGUGGGGCGCCGUUGUCGUUAGCAAACACCGCCGCUUCCGCACCUGCUCCCGUAGAAGACACCACUAAAAAGAAUAUCAUGGACGAUGAGAAUGAGGUGAGGCUUCUGCCGCCGCGCUGGCGGGUUAUUCCCAAUGGGCGCACGUACGAGGUAUUGGUUUCUCACUGCAAAUACCGGCAAGAGUGGCAGACUCUGUGGGCACUCUACGAUGAGGCGAUGGAGCGGUGUGUCAAGGGGACGCAGCGAUUAUAUCAAGUAUUGCUGGAUGUUGCAAAGCACCAUCCACCGCAAGGUCGUGAUUCAAACGCCGUGGUAAUGGAGCUCUACGAGGACAUGAAGGGACGCGGUAUCGAUGUCACAGGCAUAAAAACCACGGUGAAUGUUGUCAACGCGUGGUGCGCUACCCGGCGUAAGCGGCGAUGGUGA